ACCAGCCACCACAAGUGAGAGGGACACCACGGCACAAGAUCCAGCACCAGCACUGCCACUGGCUGUCACUGAGGGCAGUGAGAUGUCUGCGGAUGAAGUGAACAUCGGCUCAACUCAUCCAGAAAACACAGCAGAAGACUUUCCACCGGCUGUGACGACGGAACCAGAAGUUUUGCAUUUGACCAACUGCACUCUGCAAGACUUCACCCAACGAGGUUUCCUAGGCGAGGGCGGAUUUGGGAAGGUUCUCCAUGUGCAACACACGGCAUCAAAAAGAUCGUAUGCCCUGAAGAUCCUAAAAAAACAGAAGAUCACCACCUUAAGGGAUGUUGAAAGGAUUUUGGUCGAGAAACGGGUCGCUCUCACAGCAGCUGUCCACCCCUUCACCGUGGAUCUACAUGCCACCUUCCAGUCAGACCACCAUCUCUUCUUCCUCAUGGAGUAUGUCGCUGGAGGCUGCUUAAGGACUCUCCUGGAGAGGGAACGUAAAUUUGGACAACGGAGGACUACGUUCUAUGCUGCGUGCACAGUGCUGGCCAUCUCCUAUUUGCACGAAAAUGGUAUCAUACACCGAGAUCUCAAGCCGGAAAACCUGCUCUUAGACAGCAACGGGUACAUCAAACUGGCUGAUUUCGGACUAUGCAAAGACGGAAUUGGCUAUGGGGACAGAACACGCAGCCUGACUGGAACCUAUGACUACAUGGCUCCCGAAGUCCUCUCCAGGCUGCCGUAUUCAAGAUCUGCAGAUUGGUGGUCUCUGGGCAUCGUGAUCUUCGAGAUGCUAGUCGGGGACCUACCAUGGAUGAGACCAUCUAUUGGCGUCGUCUGCCCAAAGUUCCUGGCUGAGGAUGCAGCUAUUUUAAUAUCAGGGCUUUUACAGUUGGACCCAUGGAUGCGGCUGGGCUCCAGCGAGGAAGAUGCAGGUGAACUAAUGUUUCAUCAUUUCUUUCGAGGCAUUGACUGGCUGGCUUUGGUACAGAGAAAAUUGCAGCCCCCAUUCAUACCGGAGGAUGUUGGACUUUCCGACGAUGGACCCUGUUAUGAACAUCUACUUCUAACACCUCCCUCCGAGGGUUCCUUGGCAAUAAGAAAAGAGAUCGCCGAUGCCUUUGGGAGCUUCGAUUAUUCCGCAAUAUAG